AUGGAGUGGCAAGAUGCUGUGGAUCUAUCCCGGUUUAUUGUGAGUGCGGCACCUUUUGGUGGUCCAAUAGGUAAGUACAUCAGACUCCUUCUAAGUGUUUUUUAACCCACAGGGUGUACAGAAAGGAUUUCAUCUACUUGCAUUUAUCUUAUGGUAAAUAGCCCCCCCCUUAGGGUGAAAGUUUAACCCUAUAAACCCUGAGAUUAAAAUUUGAAUCCUCAUUUAUUGCCUCUGUUCAUUUCCUAUAGAAGUAGUGGGGAGAAGUUGAUAAAAUAUGAAGCAAAUUCAUCUUGUGUGGUCAUGUCCAUAAUUCUUAUGCCCACUCUGUUUUACAAAGCAUUACAAGGAGAAAUUUGAUGCUGAUCACCCUUAGGGCUUAAAGGGUUAAGAGCCAGAACCAUAGGUCUAAAUGAUCGUAACAGCACUGUAAGUACCGGUAUUUGUAAAACAGUUGAUUGAAACAAAAUUCUGUGACUGUUUCAGUAUAAUGGACUCUUGCUGCUAUAAAUAUAAUUUAUAUUUAUAUCAGCAAGAGUCCAUUAUACUGCAACAGUCACAGAAUUUUGUUUCAGUCAACUGACUGUACAAGUCAAGGGAUUUGGCUGAAAAUAAUUGAAAGGAAGAAAACAACUCUGAAGAACAUCCUGCUUCUUAUUAUUAAUAUUAGAACAGCUAGUGCAUAAAACAUGCAAUUAAUACUAACAAUAUUAUAUUUUUCUACCCACAGUCCCGUGUUGCAUGUAGAUGUUCAACAGUCAGUAAUAGUUUAACCCUUUAAGUCCCGAUAUCCACAUACAAAUUCUCCAAACUGAUCUCCAUAAAUUUCCUUGAAGAAUUAGUUGAGAGAAUUUGGUAAAAGAUCAAAUAUUUUUCUCUUUGUGAUCAUUUUGUUAAUUCUCAUAGACUUUGCUCAUGAUAGUCUAUGGAUAUCAUUAGGGGAAAAUUGAUUUUGAGCGCUAUUUGGACUUAAAGGGUUAAAGAGAAAUAAAGAGCCCCCUAGUAGAAAUGCUGAAUAAAUUCAUUAUUUUUUAUUAUUAUAAUUAUUAUUGAAGGGCUUCAUGCUGAAUUGCCCCCUGUCCCUGUGGUCAUAUAUUUGUGAUGAUUAAGAUUUAACCAGGUUUAAUUGCUAAAUAUGCACAAUAUUACUAAUUGCUAACUCAUGUACACUUUCACAUACAUGGGGAGUGAGGACGGUAGACCUGAAUAUUUACAAUGUCCUUCAGACCCCCUCAUUUCCUUUUUUGAGGGAAGGUUUUUAUUUGUUUCUAUUAAAAAUUUUCAGCUCUGAUAAGAGAUGACAAGCAUUUUGCUCGAGUCCAAGGAUCAGCUAUUAAUAAACCCAUCAUUCACAUUUUUUCCUCUGCUGGAAGGGAACUUGCCACAGUUAAGGUAUGUGUCUUCCUUAUUGUUGUUUAA